AUGCUGGCUGCAUGGGCAACCGGUACAGCGCUGUCAUGCGUGGGCGUCCUCCUAGGAGUGUUGCCGAUGAUCUAUGAAUGGGAAUUCCUUGACGGCGAGGUCAUCUCCAUGAGCUGCUGGGCUAUCGUGGCAGGCGCUUUGUCGUCAAGCUGUGGAUUGCUGCUCUUCCCUUACAUCUGCGGUCCCUGCGGCGACCGCAGAUGUUUUCUGGAUUGCGCCUGCAUCGAUCAGACAGACCAGGCCAGGAUGCAAGCAGGAAUCCGCAGCAUUGGCGGCUUCCUCCAGGCAGCUGAGGAGUUGCACGUGCUCUGGAGCGAGCCCUACCUCACGAGAUUGUGGUGUGUCUUCGAGCUCGCGGCAUAUCAGAAGCUGAAGCCUUCUGGAAGAAUCACCAUCGCACCCGUCUUCGUGGAAGUCAUUGUGUGCCUGCUUUUCGUGUACCUACAUGUUGCUUCCUGGUUUUUCGUUGCUAUUAGGACGAGCGCGCUCGGCCGAACCACAUGGAUAUGGAUUGCGCUAGCUUGCUUCGGUGGCUCCCUAUUUCCACUAGUACAUGCCUUGAGGCAUAUCUGUACGUAUAAGCAAGUUCUCUUGUCCAACGUGGGCAACUUCCAGUUCGACACUUUGGCCUGCGCCAAUGAAUCCGACCGAGAGGUUAUCCGGGAAGCUAUAGUUCGGUG